UUCUACUUCCAAGCCUCAGAAGAUGUCUCAGGAAGUUGACUGGUUACACAGCCAAGCAGGUGUGUGUAAGGUAGAUCUCUAUAAUCCUGAUGCAGGGAAGGACCAGGACCGCAAAGUGAUUUGUUUUGUUGAUGUUUCCAGUCUGAACAUUAAACAAACAGAUGAUACAGAUAAAGAUGCUGCUGGCCAGUCUAAAGGCAGUGAAUCUGUCACAGGGCUUGAUCUGGGGAAAAUGCAGGACAAAGAGGUCAUAGUAAUAAAAGAUAGUGAGACACCAGAACAGUCCAAGACAGAAGGAGCUGUUUGUCUGUUCAAACAAGGUUCAACUGAAGAACUUAAUGUUGUGACCUGGCUUUUUGAUGACCUGCAAAAAUAUGCAUGUGGAUUUCAACAUGCACUGUCCCCUUCAAGUGCCCCUCGUCAACAAAAGCCAUCAGCAGCUGACAAGAUGUCCCAGAAUAACAACAAUACAGCUUUCAAAGCUUCUGAAGGUCAGAAAGGACCAUCGGAUGAAGUAGCAAGCACUGUCCAAAAGCUGUGUACUUUGGUUAUGCAAAUGGCAAGUAAAGAGAUCUCUGAAAAUUUGGAAGAUGCUGCCAGUAAAUGUAUACGCCAGGCAAUUUAUGCCACGAAAGAUGGGAAAGCUCUUAAUCCCUCUGGUUCUGUAAGUAAGGUUGCAUCCAAGAUGGUGAAUGAGAUUAUGGAAAAUGCCCAGGAUUCUAGUAAUAAAGACAAGAAGGAUGAGGGUAAAGGACUCCCCAAGAAAACAUCCCUUUUUUAUGGUGAGGUAUGUUCCAACCAAAGCGAAUCAAUACCAGAUGAAGAUGGAAAAUCAACACAUGCCCACUUGAUACAUCCAAGGAAACAGUCAGCUCGCAAUGACAGUAGUUCUUUUAACAAAGGGCUAAUGGUAUAUGCAAAUAAAAAUGCUAAGGAUAUGACGUUUUCAUUUGUGAAUGCCACCAAGAUACACAAGAGGCAACCUCUCCCAGCCUGUGUGAUUCUGAAGAGAGUGUUUCUCAAACACACAAAGGAUGUCAUAUCAGACUUAAUUGACUCUACCAUGAAAAAUCUACAUAAUGUCACUGGAGUCCUCAUGACAGACUCAGAUUUUGUUACUACAGUGAAGAAAAAUCUUUUCAAUGCAGGAACCCAGAAAUCAACUGAGAUUUUAGAAGCAAUGGUAUUAAGAAUGUAUAAUGCUUUGACGUCGGAAACUAAGGAAAGAGGGCAUAGUCUUGUAUACUCUUUAUUGAAAACAGGAUGUUCAUUAGACCCCAAUGCUCCAAAUAUGCACUUUGCAUCUUUGAAAGGUGGGGUGCAUAUGAGGGAAAAGGUAAAGCAAGAAGCAGGACAGACAUCAGCACAAAGAGUAGGUGAAUCAAUAAUUAAGGAUGGAAUUAGUAUGCUGAGAUCAAGAACAGGAGGCAAAGGUUCUGAUAGGGGAUGUCAUGAUAAGAGGCCAGAAAAAGGUAGCUCUACAACUGAGUUUCUAGCAAAAGACCUCAUUUUGACAGCUUUAAUGUUGAUACAGCAACAUCUCUUAACUCAAUACAAAGAGCCCAUUUCUGAGUCAAACACGUCUUCAUUUGGAUUUUAUGAGAAGGGAGGCAAACAUGGUUCUAAAUCUCAUAGUUCCAGGUGUGAUCCACAACAGCAGGAAUACCAGAGGGGAGAAAUACAAAGCGCCCUUCUAUCAAUCAUCCAGAAGGUCCUACAAGAGGCUGGUUUCAAUGUAGACGAAUGUGAAAUAACCAAGAGUUCCAAAGCAAACUCGUUUGAAGAUAGAUCUGGCAGAAAAUCCUCACCCAAACAGAGUGGUUCAGAUGUGGAUUCUGAAAAUAUGGAUCAAAUAAACAAGAAAUUCAUUGAUCAGCUGAUGGAAUCUGUGAUGAAGCUCUGUAUGUACAUGACUAAAAGCCCUGAUUUUGUUGUUGAAGAUUACUCUGAUGAUCAAGCCACAUACUUUACUGCAAGAAACAAAGGUGUAUCAACUCCAGAUUCAAUGUCACCCCAGAAACCUCCACGAGCUAAUAAUAAUAUUGGAAAACCACUUGUGCCUGCUGGUUCUGAGGUGAUAGUAAACAACCAGAGUUCCAACACCAGCUCACAGAACAGAGAACUCCAGGCUGUCCUCCAGUGGAUGGCUGCCUCCCAUUUCCAAGUGCCGAAUCUCACUUUCAUGAAUGAGAAUGAUGAGGAGCUGAAGAAGCUCCCUCAACUGGCUGACAAAGCAGCCAAGAAGGGUGCAAGUGUGGGGGAUAUUUUGCAGGAGGUAAUGAGGUAUUUUGAGAAACAACAGGUUGAUGCCGCUGUGGGAAACAUGCCUCGUAGCGGACUACUUGACUGGUUGCUUGCUAAUCUGUAGACAAGGACCAACACCUCCCUCUCAUUGCUUCCACCCAGCAAAGUGCCAUCUUAAUUAUAGGAUGGAACAACCAUACAGCUCAUUUUC